CCUGGCUGCUAGGGGCUGCCCUCUCUGCACCAGCACAGCCUUCACCCAUUCUCUGUGUUCUGGUUUCCUCACCGCCCCAUCUCUUGCCAUCCCUAAGCUCUGCCAUAGUGGCAAGAGCUUGUGGCCCUGACCUUGUCAUUCCUGUCGUCUCAGAAUGCCACUUGUGCUCCCCUUACUAGUUGUGUUCGUGAAAAGCACUGACAAGACCUUCGCUGUGCCAAGCCCCUCGCUGCUCACCUCUCCAUACAUACUAUUUCUUGACCAUCUUGCCUCUCACUUCCUUCAUGUCGUUUUCAGCUACCUAAUCUUCCAGACACACGGAGAUCUCUAAUCACUUCUGGCCAGCUGUUUUCUCAUCUGUAAAGGGACAAGACCGCAGUAGGUGACAUCUGAGGGCACUUGUAGGUUUUCGUAUUCUGAGGUUCUGCCCCAUCCCUGGACCUUAAUCUGGGUGUCAUUUAUGGGGUAGAUUUACUGUAAAGCUAAUGAAGAUCAGGCGUCAGGGUCCCUCCCUCUCAUGAACCCCUUCCAAGGCACUGGGAAAUACCUCAGAGGUCUUGUGUUUAUAAUUUUGUAUUUUUUAAAAAGAAGGAUCUCAAAUGUGUAGAUUUGAGGCCUUACACAACUUGGAUCCCUAUGAAACUGGCCAUUUAUCUUAUCCUGCUCUCUUGGUAUUUGCACUCUUGUCCUUCAGACCUCCCCCUACAUGUGUGUAUUCAUUAUUGAGGCUUGGUGGGAAAAUAGGAACGAGUGGAGCUGACCAAAUUCCUGCUGUAACCUGGCUUUAGUUUUCCGUCAAGGAGGGAGAUGCCACAGAUUGGCAUCUCAGUGCAUUUGGCAGAACCUUUGCAACAAUGUAUGUAUUGAUUUAUUUCACUGCUGCAUUCCCACCUCUUUCAAGAAAUGGUUAAUGGUAAGAGGGAAAAGACCACUUAAUUGAGGUCAUAAAAGCAGCUCUUGAUCGCCAUAGAAGCUAGAGCUAUACAUUGGAAAAUCAGAGGAAUUCAUUGCAUGCUUUCUUUUAUUAGUUUGAAAAUGAGGCAACCCUGAUGCUAUCAGUUAUUUUUAUAAAGCUUUAUAACAGGUAUAAAUAACUAUUUUAAUUUGCUUUUAGAUGUCUGUUUCUUUGUAAGGUGUUCUGUUGGAAAAAUUUUCAGAGACUAAAAAUAUGUUAUUUAAGGUUUAAUUUAUUUAUAUAAAGAUAUUUUUAAAGGAUUUUGUAGUAGUAGUUUAAAAUCUACCAAACUGAGGGUAAAUCAUCAUUUAAGUUUUACCAAAAAGGGAAUCAGUGAUCUACAAAGAGAUUAAAUGAUUUGUCUUCAGUCACACAGUAAAUCAGAGCCAUUGCCAACCAAAAAAACGCACUCCUGAGCACUCUUUUCCUUAUAAGCAAAUAUUACUCAAUAAGUGAGAAUCCAUUGCUUUUAUUAUAGAAUGUUUACUGUAGUGUGGACUAAAUUAUUGUAUCCAUCCUUCAGCAUGCCUGUCUAGCUGCAGAGUCCCACAUGUGCACUCAAAGUUCCAAGAGUGUGCAGCAGUAUGCUGUUCCUGUUCGUGCUUUAGCCCAGAGGGUAGUAAGUUACUGUAAAGUCACUUACAAUAAAACCACUGCCAACCAGGAUAAGAGAAAAGUCUCUUUGAAACAGCAGAGUUUUCUGGAUAGUUGAGUUUUGGGUUUUUGCCCAUUAAGCACCAAAAUCUCCCAUCUAGGAUGGCAGUCUUUCUAAAAUAUGUUAUUUCCCUGCUUUCUUAAUAGAAUGUGCAGGAUGUAGCAUAAACUUUCUUUAAUGAUCUCAAGUAAACAUUGUAAACAUAAUUUGUUACGUUGUGAUGUAAACGGGGUAGGAUUUGUUGAGGCCCGGACAGCUGUUGCCCUGUUACUUGUUUGGAGUUUUUGUGUCUGUCAGGUUUAGUUUUCCUGUUCUUUUGCUUUCCCCUGGUCAGCUUUCGUCGGUUCCUACUGCCGUUGGUAUCCAUGUGCCUGCCUCAGAUGCCCUUUCUGUAUUUUUCUCUACCGUGGACGUAGGACCUCCUUGUUAGAACUGAAUAGAAAAGAGUCCAUAGAUGAUAAAUAAGAGCCUGAAGAAGUCUCUUAUGAAUAAAUUGUUUUAGCUUUAACUCAUGAAUUUACAUUGGAUUCUUACCCUGAAUUCUGGAUAAACGAAGCAUAAAUUUUACAGGCCUACGUGCAUCUUUAUCUAUGUUCAGUGAGUGACACUGGUUUUCACAUUAUGUGUCAUUGUCCUUUAAGGGGUUUUGUAGAGCCUCGGAGGGUUAGGGAAAGGCCCAGUGUUCUGGAUUGCCCCUUCGAUCCUGAUGAUUCUGUGAGUACCCUUCCGACUGGGAGAACCUUCAGGAAGAAGAGCUCUCUGGACUAAGGACACCCAUCGGACAGUUGUGCAGUGAGUGGUCUUUCUAGCACUGGGGGCAGCAGCAACCAGACUGCUCAGAUGGAGCAGUUAGGUGGGGGUGGGGCCUAGUGAAAGGUACAUGGGCUUUGGAGGCAAGAUCUGGGCUUCACUGUUAGUGUGUAUGACCUCAGGCAGGUGUUCUAACAUAGCACACCUUGCUGGCUGCUGCCCAGCACCAGCUCUUUGGCCUGCUUUGCUGGUGCAGCAUGGCAUGCCUUUCAUGAGUCUGAACAAACUGAUCCUGGCCCAGUGGGACUAGAGAUGGCUGCUGGUCGCCUUGUAGAGUAAGUGUACGAUAUCUUGCAUUUUGACACAUGGACACACUGCCAGACUUCCUUUUCUGACAGACCCUGUGCCUUUCACUCCCAUUCUCAGGGCCCAUUUCUUCGUCAGGGACUUUGUCUGGUUCAUUGCUGUGUCCACAGCUGUUAGCACAGGGCCUGGAGCAAUUUACUGAGCAAAUAAGGGAAUUCAGAACUCUUGUCUUUGGUAGGUGUGUGGGAGCCAGAAGAGGGUCUCUACCUCCUUUGUCUUUGCAGUAGGAAUUAGGACUCUGCAUCCCUUCGGGUUCUUCCAAAACAGAGGUUUGGAUGGUGGGCAGCAGAACAAGCAGUGCCAGCCAGAGCCCCUCAUUCAUCUCCAGUCUCACCUCUCCAUCCUCUCUCCACAGAGUCAGGGCAGUGUUUCUAAGAUGUAUUUACUUUAGAGCCUAGACCAAUAUCUGAUUUCCCCUGGGCUGAAGUCCAGAUACAUGUGCGUGGCAGACCCCUUCACUGUCUGGCCCUGUGUGCAUCCUCAUCUCCUCACUCUUCUUCCCUUAAAUCGGGGGUUCGAGCCAUACUGAGAGUUGGUGGUUUUUUUUUUUUCCCUGUGCUGUCCUCAAGCAUUUAUAAUAAAAUACACAUUUAUAAUAUAAAUAAAGUUGCAGGUUAAACUACUUAGUACAACAGGUGUAUUGUAAGCACCUUAGAAACAUCCAUUUACUGAUAAGAAAAGAUAUCUUACAGACUUUAAAAAUCCUCAUUCCUUGCGACUCUUGUGCCUCCCAUCUGCCUGCCAACUCAUCAUCUCGCUCUGGCCGCACCUGUCCUUCCUGCCUUUUGUCAGGCUCACUUCCACUGCCCUUAGUCAGGACAGCCAUUGUGGAUCCUGGAUCUGGGUUGGGUCUCCCUGCUGAGCAUCCCCCCCUGCCACCCCCCUCCCCCAGCUACAGCUCUGCCCAAGUGAUUAUUGUGGGUUGAAUGUUUUCCUGCUAGAGUGUGAAUUGCUAGAGGGCAGGGCCCUGUGUCUUGGUCAUAGCUAGUGUCUGCUCUUGUGAAUGACCUAAAGGUACUUGCUAAAGGAGUAAACCAGAUUCAUGUUUAAACACCUGGUACUGUUGAGGAGAUCACCUGGUAUUGUUGAGGAGAACUGAGUAUUAAUGAAUGGCAGCUACAAAUGACAUCCUGUUGAAGAAAAAAGGACCACCAUGUGCUCGCUCUUUGACUCAGCAGUUUCAUAUCUAAGAUUUGUCCCAAGGAAGUGCUCAGGAUAUACUCCCAAGAUUUAUAUACAGAGAUGUGAUACACACUUAUGGCACUGUGUAUCCAUUAAAAAUAACACUGCAGGAGAAGGUUAACACAGUGAUCUGGGAAUAUAUUCGUGGUAAAUUAAGACACAAAAGUAGAUUACAGAAAGGACAAGAGUAUCCCAAUUUUUAAAAACAAUGAAUAAUAAAAAUUAGAAAUAUGUACCCUAAAAUUGUAGUCCUUAUCUUUGGAAGAUGAGAUUAUAAGUAGUUUUUUUUUCCUUUGUGCUGUCUCUGAAUUUUCUGCAAAGAGCAUGGCUACUUUUAGAGACAAAUUUUUAUAAAUAAAUACAUUCCUGAUACUAAAAUAAACUAGCUUGAAAAAUCAUAAAUACAGUAAAACCUCACGAGAACUUGUAUGGCUUUGUUUUAAAUUUUGAAAUAAUUUAAGAAUUUUGGCUGGUGCUGGGCUGAUUUUACUACACUUCAGGCAACUGAUGGUAUGUUUUAUGAAUAAAUUUGUAAUAUAAAUGAAAUUGCAUCACAGUUUAUGAAGUAGAUCUUAUAAACCUCUUUAGAGAUAUGAAAAAUGAAGCUCAUAGAAUAAAGUAACUUGCUCAAAAUUUUACUGCUAUUAAGUGGAGGUUAGAAUUUGAACUCACUAGAGCCCUUCCGUGUAUCGACUGUACUGUACCGCCUAGAUUCUGUCACUUCUUCCUAGGACACAGCUAAGAGGGGCCAUCCUACCAAGUACGGAGUGUCUACAUCAGCCAUGCACCAGUUUUCUGAAUCUUGGCAUCAGUGGCCAUGGCCUGACUGUGUUCCGGAGGGUCCUCCAGAACAUCCUGAGUCUGGACAUCUGUACCUAGACACACAAUGUACAUCAUAAUAGCUGUAGGCUUCCCAUUUCUCACUUGAAUAAGCUUCUUAGAGAUGCAGUGUUGAAGAAGAAAUAUACUGACACUUGCUAAAACAGUAAGGAAGACUUCACUUAAGACUGUUGCACGAGGGGAGAGCACUAGGCUCAGCUUUGAACACAGCAGACACCUGGGGAUUUGUAGCCUGCCAGCAGAGGGAGGAGGUCCUUGAGAACCAAGGGGAUGGAGCCUUUGAUCAGGUCUUGAGGGUGACCGUCUAUCAAGGGUAGGGAUUUUCUCCAGGCAGACUCAGCAGGACUCUUGCUGAAACUAGACUCAGCCAGAAUGUACAUGGAAGCCCAAGGUUGAGGCCUAGUUGAGAGGAGGGCCCAGAGGAGCCUGAUUGAAAUCUGGUCCAGGAGAGCGUCUUGUCAGCAGUUUAAUGAGCCCUGGGUGGUGGUCCUCUGAGGCAUGGAGACCAACCCAGGUGGCAGCCACUCUUAGCUUACUCAUUCACCUGGUCUGUGCAUUCAUAAAUACUCAGUAAACACUGAGCUAACAUGUUCCCAUAUGCUGGUGUGGGGUAAGCAUUCAUUUCUUGGGAGUUUUUAGUCCCUGGUCUUGCCUUGCUGUGUGAAGGGGUCCCGUAUGUUGCUGUAUGUAGGGGAGUUAGUGGGGAGGCAGGGGAAGAAGAGCAGGCCUCAGAUGAUCCACAUCAAGCCACAGGAGGCCCUCCCUGAGGGCCCAGGCCCAGCCAGCAUGUUACCAGUGGAAGAAACAUUAUCUAAGACUUGGAAAUGAAGCCAGGGAAAAGGACUGCAUGUUUUUAUGUUGUUACUGUCACAUGGGCCGUUGUUCAACAGAGUCACCCAAGGCUGUUCUGUCUUCCGACCAAAUGUAGCUCUCUGACUUUGCUGGUUACUCUUGAUUAGAGCCUAGACCCUGAUGUUACAUGUUAAUAUGUAGAUUUUUUGUCUUGUAGAGAUGCAAAUUAUUUCUGAUAAAAAUAAACCCAAAGGUUUUGAUUUCAUGCCUUUGUAGGACUUCAACCUGAUUUGUCUCCAACUGAAAAUAGCUUGUUUCAGUCAACUCCAGCUCUUCAAAGCCCUCUGAACUAGCUUCCCAUCCUGAUGGCUCCCUCAUUAAUUUAUGUGUGCAUGGGUUGUCUCUUAGCCUUUGAAAAUUAUGCUUUAACGCUGUCGGAUGCUGGGUGUGCUUUAAGGUGGUCACUGCUGUUGCUACCGAUUGUCCUGCAAACACUGCCCUCUGCACCCCCCCUUCCAUCUGUGGGCUGUCCCUGAGUCCAUUUCUCCCUGUGUCCAGAGGUACUCUGGCCCCUUCCAUCCAUGGCAGACAGGUUGAUCUGUCUGCUGAGGCCCGGCACUCUUCAUGUCUCUGUGUUCGUCAGUUGAAAGAUUGUGAAUAAGGGAGCUUUUGGACUUCUCUUUCCUCCUUUUCUGGUAACCCAGGAUGUUGGGAUUGGUCCAGCUGUGUGGAAGGAAGCUUCUCCUAGGAGCGCAGCCCCUCCCAGUGCGACCCGCUCCAGCUGUACUUCUGUGCCUGCCGGCUCCUCCUCCAUAAACUUUCCUGCAUCGAAUGCUUUGUUUCCCAAACCAGUCUGUCAGCUACUUGCUCCCUGCUCUUUUCUUUGCCUGCAGUCGGAGUCUGUCAACUGGUUGAUUCCUGGUUUCUCUUUAUACACCUGCCCUUCAGUGCCUUCACUUAUUCAUUCACAAGUGCUUACUGGGCCCCUACCAUGCUGGACACAGUGCUGGGUGCUGGGGCUAUGACCGAGUGAUGUCAUUUGCCCUGAGGAGGCCCACAUUAAUGGAAGUGGUUCCCAGAUUCCAUUUUGGGCAGUAAGACUCCUCCCUAAUGAGACAUCUGUUUUCUUUCCAAACAACAAUUAUCUAACUAAUGAAAACUGUGUGUAUAUGUACACAUACACAUAUGUGUUUGCCAUGAUCUUUAAAACUACCUUUAAAGAAUGAAAAACCUCAGUGGGGUUGACUCUUCAGCAGUGUGGAAGUUAGGGGCACCGACCCCUUCGCACAACCAGAAAUCCACAAAUAACUUGUGACCCCUCAAGAACUUAACUAAUAGCCUGCUGUUGAUGAGAAGCCUUGUUGAUAAUAGUCGAUUAACACAGUUUGUGUGUUGCAUGUAUUAUAUACCGUAUUCUUACAAUAAAGUCAGAAAAGAAAACGUUAUUAAAAUCACAAGGAGGAGAUAAUGCAUGUACAGUACUGUGCUAUAUUUACUGAAAAAAAUCCACAUAUAAGUGGACCCAUGUAGUUCAAACCCAUGUUGUUCAAGGGUUAGCUGUAUAUGCUCUUAGCAAUAUUAAAAAAACCUUAAAAUUGUUCAGGAAAGGUAAAACCCACAGAACUUACUUUUUUAGGCAUUUCGUUGUACAGCACACUGAGUGCAUUGAGGGGUGGGUGGCGGGAGCACUGGACGCCUCGAAGUGCUGCGGUACCGGAAGGCAUCAUCCAGUGUCACAAGUUCCCAGGUCCUCGCUUAUCCAAAUUUGUUUUUGUAAAUGCCAUAGAAGAGCACAUUGUAACGUAGCAUUCCUGAAGUAAUUUGUGAUUCAAAAUGUGAGAAAUUGGCAGUGUGAAAGAGGAAAAACCAGUACAUGUUUAAUUAUAAUAGUGAGCUUUUCACUGCUGGGUGGGAAAGGAGAAAAACAUUUGAAUAAAAUCAAAGCAGAGGCUGAGCUUGACUUCUCCCAAAAUAAAGAGGAGAGUGUUUUGAGCAACUCAGUGUUGUCUCUUGCAGUUUUAGUAGAAAAAUGCUUGAAACAAAAAUCCCUUUCUGUUGGUGAGGGAAGGCAGCCAACCCAAACGUGGCAGAGCUGCUGCACAAACGCGGACCCACGUCCGUGUGGGAGCCGGGCCUGAGGGCCGGUUCCGCUCUGCUUCGGCUUUGUCUUCACGUGUGUCUGCAGCCGGCCAGUGCCUCGCGAGGAGCUCCCACUGGCCACUGGUGGGCUUGCUGGGCGGGUACCCCCAGGCACUGACGGUGCGCUCCGGCAGAUGCCUAGCACCCCCCGGGGAGCCUGGGAAAGCCGCGGAGUCUCGUCUCACCAUGGAGAAAGAGUCUGAAUCUGUAGGAUUUGCCUUUGGUCUGUUCAUCAUCAGCACACCCUGCAAGCCUGCUUUUUUCAAAGCUAGGCAUAGAAUAAUGGCCUAGAUAGAGUUUGUGAAGUCUGAGCACUGUUUUUUCAAUCCACUCUGACCCACCCUUCUUUGUGCUCUUCCAUUCUCUUUCCAAACCUGAGCCAAACUACUGUGUUGGAAUCUCAUGAGAAAAACUGGCUUCAGAAAUACAGCGUCACCUUAGUAAACAUAGGAUCCAUACCCGGAGGCCCAGAUAAUCAUGUUAUGAAGUCCAGUUUCUGCUUCAAAAACUCACACCUUGGUAAUGUUCCCAAGAUCCUUUCCAGGAGUUCAAUUAUGGGUGUGAGAGGUUUGCAGGGAUUUGUGGGCAGUAGCUGCCCACAUAUAUGUACAGUAGUGAAUUUCAAAGAACUGGCAGAACACCACCGAAACAAGCAUCCUGGAUGUACUCCUACCAUUGUGGUUGAUGCCAUGUGUUGUCUCAGAUACUGGUAUACUCCUGAAUCUUGGAUCUGCGGUGGCCAGUGGCGGGAAUACUUUUCUGCUUUGCGGGAUUUUGUUAAGACUUUUACAGCUGUUGGCAUCAAGUUGAUAUUCUUCUUUGAUGGCAUGGUGGAGCAGGAUAAGAGAGGUGAAUGGGUGAAACGAAGACUCAAGAACAAUAGGGAGAUCUCCAGGAUUUUCCAUUAUAUCAAGUCACACAAGGAGCAGCCAGGCAGAAACAUGUUCUUCAUCCCAUCUGGGCUGGCCAUCUUUACACGAUUUGCUUUGAAGACCCUGGGUCAGGAAACCCUGUGUUCCUUACAAGAGGCUGACUAUGAGGUGGCAUCUUAUGGCCUCCAGAAUAACUGUCUUGGGAUUCUUGGAGAAGACACUGACUACUUAAUUUAUGAUACUUGUCCCUACUUUUCAAUUGGUGAUCUCUGCCUGGAGAGUCUCAAUACUGUCAUGCUCUGUAGAGAGAAGCUCUGUGAGAGUCUGGAUAUCAGCCUGGCAGACCUUCCUCUUCUGGCCUGCCUGCUUGGCAAUGACAUAAUCCCAGAGGGCAUGUUUGAAAGCUUUCGGUACAAAUGCUUGUCUUCCUAUACCUCUGUAAAGGAGAACUUUGACAAAAAGGGUAACAUUAUCUUAGCUGUAGCAGACCAUAUAUCUAAAGUUCUUCGCUUACAUCAGGGUGAGAAAAAGCUAGAAGAGAUGUUACCUUUGGGACCAAACAAAGCUCUUUUUUAUAAGGGUGUGGCAUCAUAUCUUUUGCCAGGACAGAUAUCUCCGUGGUUUUUCCAAAAACCCAAGGGUUUAAUGACUUUGGACAAGCAGGUGGUAUCCAUGAGUUCAGACCCUGAAUCCAAGCAAGAAGUUCCCAUGUGUACAGACCUUGAAUCCAAGCAAGGAGUUCCCAUGUGUACAGACCCUGAAUCCAAGCAAGAAGUUCCCGUGUAUACAGACCCUGAAUCCAAGCAAGGAGUUCCCGUGUGUACAGACCCUGAAUCCAAGCAAGGAGUUCCCGUGUGUACAGACCCUGAAUCCAAGCAAGGAGUUCCCGUGUGUACAGACCCUGAAUCCAAGCAAGGAGUUCCCGUGUGUACAGACCCUGAAUCCAAGCAAGGAGUUCCCGUGUGUACAGACCCUGAAUCCAAGCAAGGAAUUCCCAUGUGUACAGAUCCUGAAUCCAAGCAAGGAAUUCCCAUGUGUACAGAUCCUGAAUCCAAGCAAGGAGUUCCCAUUUGUAUAGAUCCGGAAUCCAAGCAAGGAAUUCCCAUGCGUACAGACCGUGAAUCCAAGCAAGGAGUUCCCAUGUGUACAGAUCCUGAAUCCAAGCAAGGAGUUCCCAUUUGUAUAGAUCCGGAAUCUAAGCAAGGAAUUCCCAUGCGUACAGACCCUGAAUCCAAGCAAGGAGUUCCCAUGUGUAUAGAUCCUGAAUCCAAGCAAGGAGUUCCCAUGUGUAUAGACCCUGAAUCCAAGCAAGGAGUUCACUCUAAAUAUAAACGAGAAGUUCCCAUAUGUACACACACUGAAAUCAAGCAAAAGUUACCUCUAGGGGCGGAUCCCGAAUUUGAGCUAGAAGCACCCAUGUGUACAGACCCUGCAAUUAAACAACAAGACCUCAUGAAUACGGAGCCUGAAGUCAAACAAGUAACCAUGGUUUCAGACCCCGAAAUCUUAAAGGUCGCUCGAGCGCAUCACGUCCAGGCAGAGAGCUACCUGGUGUACAACAUUAUGAGCAGCGGGGAGAUCGAAUGCAGUAACACGCUGGAGGACGCCCUCGACCAAGCUCUGCCCAGCCAGGCUUUCGUUUACCGCCCGGUGCGGCAGCGCGUUUACUCCCUCUUACUGGGGGACGGCAGAGAUGUCACCAGCACCUGCCCCACUGUCAAGGAGUGGUUUGUGUACUCUGGGAACCCACUGAGGCACCCGGACCUCGUCAGGCCUCUGCAGAUGAACAUUCCAGGGGGAACACCUAAUUUGAAAUUACUGUGGCUGAACCAAGAGCCAGGAAUACAAGGCCGGCGCUUGGAUGCCCUCCUAGGCUGUUUCGACCUUUCCUCCUCGAGAGAAGAGCUGCAGGCGGUCGAGAACCCCUUUAAAGCGUUGUGCUGCCUCUUGAUCUACCUCUUUGUGCAGGUGGACACUCUUUGCCUGGAGGAUCUGCAUGCUUUUAUUGCUCAGGCCUUGUGCCUCCAAGGAAAGUCAACUGUGCAGCUGGUAGACUUACAGCCUGAUUACAUCGACCCCCGAGCUGUGCAGCUUGGCUCCCUCCUGGUCCGCGGCCUCACCACUCUGGUCCUGGUCAACAGCGCGUGCGGCUUCCCCUGGAGGAUGAGCGACUUCAUGCCCUGGAAUGUAUUUGACGGGAAGCUGUUUCAUCAGAAGUACCUGCAGGCGGAGAGGGGGUAUACCGUGGAGGCUCUCGUGGAACAAAAUAGGUCCCGGCUGACCAAGUUCCAUGCACUGAAGUCGGUCGUGUGCAAGGCGUGUGUGAAGGAGAACAGACGCAUCAUUAGCAGGCAGCUUUGGCGCUCACACCAGCCAGGCAGGUGGGGGAGGCAGGGAUCUGGCUCCCACAGGACGAGCUCCGGGCACAGCCGGGCAGGCCAAGGACAGCACUGGAGGGACCAGGGACCAGGAAAUAGACAGUAUGAGCCUGACCAUUGGAGAAGAUAUUCAUCCUCUUCUGGUCCCCACAGCUCCCGGUGCGCUGGCCAGCCCUAUGCUCGGGAAGAGAGGUCCGUACGAGACGGGGGCCGGUCAGAAUCCUCUUCUCGGGAGCUGCCCCGCCAGUGUCCACAGGAGGGACAGAUGCUGGGCGGAGGGCAGAGGGCAGAGGCCCUCCCCGUCCCUGUCACCCUUGGUGAGAGCGCACCCCUUCCUUGAACUUGCAGAGCAUCUGGUGUGGCUGAGCCCAUGGUGGCGUCCGAUGUGCCCCCCUGGCCCACCAGUGGCCGCCUGCCAGGCAUCUCCGAAGAGGGACUAGAUUUCCAGAGGGACAUCUGCCUUACCCAUGAAUUUGCAGCAAGAAUGACUUCGUGUAUUAUGUAGUUGAAAAGAAACAAUGAUGGCCAGUGACCAUGGUGAGAUCUUGGGUAAAGUGUGUAUUUAUAAAGUACUGAGCUCUUGGAUUUUAUGAGGCUCAGCACCCAAAGGGCUGGACAUGUUCAUUUUUUUUCCCCAUCCUUUGAACUUUGUGUUUAAAAUUUCAAGCUCUUUCGGGCACCUGCCACAACUUAGGAAGAAAAAUAAGUCAGUAGCACCAGCAUUUCCUGACUGUCACAAAAAAGAAAAAAAAAACCGCAAAAGGAAAAAAAAGCUUGUGUUGUGUGUGUGGUGAGCUCUUGUGUGCUGUUGGAGCCCAGGUGACCGCGUGUCGAUUGUGUUCGUUUGUCCAUGGCCGUGCGGGAGCUGGGCUUGCAGGCUGGUGGAGGAGAGGGUUCGCCGCCGACCCUCACCUCUGUCCUCGGGAAGCUGCAGUUCCAUGUGGGGAGAGGGGAGCCAGGAGCCCUGGUGUUUGUCAUCUCCUCCUGUUUGAUGCUGAGUG